AUGAGCAACAAGCAAAGCAUCAGCAAAAAUCACUACAAAUAAGACAAAACUACAACGAUCGAAAGAUGAACAAGGCCGCAUCUAAGUUCGCGCAAGUGACUGCCUUGAACGGCGUUCGCAUCUGUCACCGUUCGCUCGGGGAGACAUCUAAGCCAGCAGUCUUGAUGAUUAUGGGUUUGCCGCAGCGUAUAAAUCGACGCGACGCGACCGACGCCGGCUAAUUGCGUGCACACAGGCCACGGCACCUCCAUGACGAAGUGGGGCGGCCUCGACGAGCGCCUCGCCGGCGCGGGCUACCGCGUCAUCACGCUCGACAACCGAGGCUCGGGCCUGACGCGGGACGAGGCCGGCGAAGCCACGACGCCGGACCCGGUGCCCCUCACGGGUCCCGGCGCGAACCCCGACAACGUUUUCGCAUGGUGCGUCGACGACAUGGCGGACGACGCGGUCGCCGUCCUCGACCACUACGGCGUCGACAAGGCGCACGUCGUGGGCGUGUCCAUGGGCGGGCUCAUCGCGCAGAACGUGGCGGUUCGCCACGCGGACCGCUGCCGGACGGUCGUCCCUAUCAUGACGUCGUUCGACCUCAACGGCGCCGUGGCGACCGCCAUGCAAAAGAAUCCCGAGUGGUGGGGCAAGCUCAUGGAGGCGGCUGCUGCGGGCGGGCUGACGGAGGGCAUGUCUCAGCAGGAGGUCCUCGAGAAGUCGCUACCAAUCAUGAAGCUAUGUGCUACCGACAAGGCGUUCCCGGAUUGGACGCCCAGGCUCCAGAGCGUCAUCGAGGAGGCCGUGGCGAUCGAUUAUGCGAGGGGCGGGAUCGACUGGGGCGGCAAGGGCGCGGCGCGGCAGAGCCUCGCCAUCAACGCCUGGACCGCCUCCAAGCUCGCGGCCCACAAGGAGGGCCUCAAGAAGCUUACGGUGCCGGCGCUCGUGCUGCACGGUCGGUACGAUCCUCUUAUUCCAAUCCAGGCCGGACGGGCCCUCCACGAACUGAUCCCCGGCGCGCGCCUCGUCGAGUACGACGGCGGGCACAACCUCGGCAACGACGACACCGUCCGCGGGCUGAUCGAGGCCGCCAUCGUCGGGCACAUUGCCCUCAACAACUAGUAACUUACAAAUAUUAA